AUGAAGAGACCAAUACCGUGGAGCGAUAAGGAGGAUGAUUCUUCAUCUGAUAAAUCGUCGUCUUCGGGUUCAGAUUCAGAGAGUGCAGCUGACAAGAAAUCGUCGAAACAAAAAAAAUCUAAAGUCAAGUCUGGAAAGCGUAAGAGUGGUGGUGCUGUGGACUUUGAAGCGUUGAGACAACAUGGGUAUAAAGGGGGGUUGUCAGUCCUGAGUGUGCCAACACCAAAAGAUGACACUAAACCAGACUGGACUUGGUCUACUGGCAAAGAGCGUCGUGAAACCACAGAUGUUGAAGAAUCAUUCGAAGAACGUCAGAAAACAAGAGCUGCAUUGAGGGAUGGAGAGGAGUUGAUGAAUGUGCAAACUUCCAAAGAGAAGAGAAAUCUGUCAUUCCAGCAGAAGGAGAAGAGGAAACGAGAGCUUGGUCAGGCAAGUAGGGGGAAGAAUUAUGUUGAAGAAGAGAAGAGGUUGUUAAGGGAAAGCGGUGUCUAUUCUGGUUUUGAUACAUGA